GAAGAAGAAGAAGUAGAAGAAGAAGAAGAAGAAAACUACGUUGCCAUGACAACUCCUUUUGUUUACAUUUAGCCGACUCCAGCUGUAGCUCGGCUAGCUUACAGACUAACAGGCUAGCUCCUGUUUUAACGUUUUAAUUUAGGUUUUAGGGGCCUGUAAUCUAUUCCACGAUGCCUCCAAAAACUAAAAGCAAAAAGGUUGUGAAGGGAAAGUCCUCGGCCGUGGUGGACGGUCUUUCCACGGAUGAGAUGUCCAAAGAUCAGCUGGAGGAGCACAUCAUCCGCCUGCGAGAGGAGCUGGAUAGAGAGCGGGAGGAGAGAAGCUACUUCCAGCUGGAGAGGGACAAGAUCCAGGCAUUCUGGGAAAUCUCCAAGAGGAGCCUGGAGGAGACGAAGGCAGAGCUGAGGAACAGACAGAGGGAGAGGGAGGAGGCGGUGGAGCGCCACCGGGUGGAGAUCACUGUAUACAAGCAGAAACUGAAGCACGUCCUGUCCGAGCAACACAACACCGUCUCUGGGCUGAAGAUCGACGGCGUCGCCUCGACCGGACUGAUCCAGCAGCAGCAGACCGAGGCAGAGCUCGGGCUUCGGAGAGGAGUGCACAGCCUGCAGGCGGACUUCAGGGAGAAGAAGCUCCACAACGGAAACUGCAUCAAGGAGCUCAAGCUGAAGCACCAGGUGGAGUUGAUGGAGCUGACAAACACUUACGACAAAAGAUUCAGAGCUAUAGAGGUCAAAUAUCACAAGAAAAUGGAGGCGAUGAUCGAAGCGGAGGGUAAGAAGCGGCGUGCGGAGGUUCUGGAGGUGGAGGACAGGAUGAGUAGUCGUGUUGUGGCUCUGAUGCAGGACCAUGAGCGAGCUAUCAGAGGAGCAGAGGAGUAUUACUCUUCGAUUCAGAGCAAAAUGCUGGCAGAUCAGAAGCUGCUGAAGGAGGAACUUGCAGAGGUGACAAAGCUGCAGGUGCGAAUCGACAAAGACCUCUCAGCGGCGCAGCAGGAGAACAGGCGUCUGAGCGAGGCUCUGCAGGAAGCCCAGCAGACGCUGCCCGCUCUGCACAGGCGGCUGCAGGAGGACAACCAGGCCAAGGCCAAGAUGGCGGCAAGUAAAGCUCGAAUGAAGCUCAUGGAUCAGGAGCUCAGAGAUCUGACGGUGAAGCACGAGCUGCUGCUGCAGGCGUUUGAAAAGGUCCAGCAGGAGCGCGAUGAUCUGCUGCGGAGGCAAACGCAGGCCAUCCUAGACGUGCAGCAGCGGAGCGGGCUGAAGCAGCUGCUGCUGGAGAGGAAGCUGGCGGCGCUGACCGAGACGGUGGAGAAGAAAGAGGCUCAGCUCUGCGCCGCUCUCUCUACGUCCAAAGUCGCACAAUCUGCAGGCGGCAGCGCAGCUAACAAAGUGGAGGAUAUACUGGAGUCCAAACAAGUCACCAUCAAUGACCUUCAGGGUGGCUUGGCUCGGGAUUGUAAGGAGUACGACGAGCUGCUGAGGAGCUGCCAGGAGAAGCUGCAGGCGUUGGGGGUCCCGCUGUACGACUUCCCCUUCAGACCCUCGCAGCAGAUCCUGGGGCGGCAGGACUCUCCGGGGCCGGACCCCAAACACUGAGCUCCUGCAGGAGUCAGGUGAUCACUCACCUGCUCUACCUGGAUACUUCAAAACACCAAAAAGACUUCUCUACCUCCGUCUCAUUUCAUCGAUUCCCUAAAGAUCAGUAACACACCAUAAUGAAAGUGCAGUCACUGCUGAGUUUCUUCAUUUAAACAAAUGUAAAAGUUCCCUGAGGUUCUUUAUCCUGCUUAUUAAACCAUCCUCCUGUUAAGAGUCAAUGUUUUCUAAGGAUGCUGCUUGUGAUGAAAGUGUUAAUGAAGUAAACUCCGAAUCACAACUUCAAUCAAACGUUGUUAAAACAACAAUAAAGAAUAUUUGUCUCAUUUUUGACAUUUA